AUGGUUUAUAAUUUUCGGUCAAAGAGAAAAAAAUCAACUCAGAACGUAGAGAAUAAUGAGAGUGCACCUCCUGAGGUUCCGGGAAUAACUGAUGGGAAGAAGGCAUUAUAUCAUUGUAACUAUUGCAACAAAGACAUAUCGGGAAAGAUCCGGAUCAAGUGUGUAAUAUGUUCUGAUUUUGAUCUCUGUGUGGAAUGCUUUUCUGUUGGAACCGAGCUCCGACCCCACAAAAGCAAUCAUCCUUACAGAGUCAUGGACAACCUGGCAUUUCCUCUUAUAUGUCCUGACUGGAAUGCUGAUGAGGAGAUGUUGCUUCUGGAGGGUCUUGAAAUGUAUGGACUAGGUAACUGGAACGAAGUAGCAGAACAUGUCGGAACGAAAAAUAAAUCACAAUGUAUUGACCAUUAUGAUAAAAUAUAUAUGAAUUCUCGGUGCUUUCCUCUUCCGGACAUGUCUCAUGUGAUGGGAAAGAACAGAGAGGAACUUCUUGCUAUGGCCAAAGAACAUAGUGAAACCAAGAAAGAGGUAGACACUGUUGGAGGUUCCAGCUCAAGUAAAAUAUCAUCUGGAGCUGUUAAGAGGACAUCCAGCAAAGCCCCAAGCACUGAUGGUCCUGAUGUCGUGAAAGUUGAAGAUAGGAGCAUUGGGGAGAAAAAACCAAGGACAUCAGGGGAUGAAGGUGUUUCUGUGAAAGAGCUAAGUGGAUACAAUUCCAAGAGACAAGAGUUUGAAGUUGAAUAUGACAAUGAUGCUGAACAGUUGCUCGCCGACAUGGAAUUCAAGGAUUCAGAUACUGAUGCUGAGCGUGAACUGAAAAUACAAGUUUUGCAUAUAUACUCCAAACGGCUUGAUGAAAGAAAAAGAAGGAAGGACUUCAUCCUGGAGAGAAAUUUAUUGUAUCCUGACCCUUUUGAUAAGGAACUUACCUUGGAAGAGAAGGAACUGUGCCGUCGCUACAGGGUAUUCAUGCGGUUUCAUUCUAAAGAGGAACACAGUGAAUUGCUGAGGAGUAUUGUUGAAGAACAACGGCUUUUGAAAAGAAUUCAAUACCUUCAGGAAGCUCGGGCUGCUGGUUGCCGUACAUCUUCUGAGGCUGAGAGAUUUAUUGACCAAAAAAUGAAAAUGGGAAUUGAGGAAAAUUCGCGUCGAGCAAAGGAGCACUCUUCAUUAGACUCUAAGGGACUUACUAGUUUUGGUGUCUUGGAUAAUUGGGACGUGACUGGAUUUCUUGGAGCUGAUUUACUCUCUGAAGAUGAGAAAGAGCUAUGCGGGGAGAUGAAAAUCCUACCGACACAUUACCUCAACAUGCUGCAAACUAUGUCAGUGGGAAUUUUAAAUGGAAACGUAACCAAAAAAUCCGAUGCACAGGGCUUGUUCAAUGUCGACCCAAACAAGGUUGAUAAAGUAUAUGAUAUGCUCAUGAGGAAAGGGAUUGCUCAAAUGUGA